AUGGCCAAGACGGUCUGUAUAGUUGGCGCUGGUCCUUCAGGACUUGUUGCGGCCAAAACGCUAUUGCACAAUACUGCUCCUGGCGAGUUCAAGGUCACGGUUUUCGAUGCCCAGAGAGACAUCGGAGGUCUCUGGCCAACGUCAAAGACAGACGAUGGACGCCAGGUCCAUCCAUUUAUGUGGUCAAAUCAGAGCAGGCAUACAAUGCAGUUCAGUGAACUUGCCUGGGAAGACAGCGACCCUCAACUCCCGCAGGGUUGGAUGGUUGGAAGGUAUCUCCGCAGAUACCUCGAGCGCUUCUUGACGAAUAACGAAAACUUUGAACUGAAGCUUGGUACACGAGUUGAGAGCGCAGAGCGCCCACAAGGAUCGGCCAAUGGUUGGGUUGUCAACGCCAAGUCAGAAGCCGGGACCGAGACCCAGAACUUUGACUACCUCUUGGUCGCUUCCGGUUUCUUUGGAAAACCUAUAAUACCCGAAUGUUUGAAGAAAGAGACAAAUAUUCCGGUUACUCAUAGCAGCCAUUACAGGGAUGUCAAGAGUCUGCUAAGCAAAGGCCGACCAGGCGGUGGCAAGAUUCUUGUUGUGGGAGGACAAAUGUCUGGUGUUGAGAUUGCGGGAACGAUUGCUGCGCACCUCUCAUCUGAGGCCAAUUCCCCUAAUCCAUCAGUGAUUACGGAUGUCGAUAAAUACAGUGUUCACCAUGUCAUUCAGCGUCCGAUCUGGGUGUUUCCCCUCUACACCAGCCCCAAGCCGACAAACAAAGCCGCACCUUUUCUACCGCUUGACUUUUCAUCUUACAAUCUCAACAACCGACCCAAGCCUCUGAUUAACACACAGGGGCACAUCCCUGAAGAAACAGCCAAGACUGUUCACGGAAUUUACAAGGGCGUUCUUGGAACUGACCAAUCCGAGUUUUCUGCUUUGCUCAAAACUGAUGGCACAAACGAUGACAAGCAACCCUAUCUAGCUGUUAGUGAAUGGUACCCUGAUUUUGUCCGAUCUGGAUUGAUCACGUUGUCAAACGGCAAGGUGGAAGAUCUUGAAGGCCCUACAGCAACAUUGUCCGAUGGCACAAAGGUUGAAGAUGUUGUAGCUGUGGUGGCGGCGACUGGAUUUGAUGCUUCAACCUGUAUAGGCUAUCUCCCUAGCGACGUACUGCAGGCACUUCAAUUCUCGCCGAAGCACAUCGAUCAGCCUGUUGCUUUGGCUUUCCAUGGAACUCACCACCCACAAGUCCCCGACUUGAGCUUCGUCGGUUUCUAUCGGUCACCAUACUGGGGUGUUAUGCAAAUGCAAGCUCGAUUUGUAGCGGCCCUGUGGUCUGAUAGUGUUUCACCGGGGCGUAAUUCCGAGGUCUUUAAGGGCAAGCUUCGCGAUGAUGUUUCUAUCCAGCGAACUCUCGACCUCCGAGAUGACCUCCGAGUAUCACAAUUCCCAAUGGGAGACUAUCCUUACCUGAUGAACGAAAUUGCGGGAGCACUUGAACUUCAGAUUUGCGAGCCUUUGACGCCACCGGUUCCUAACCUUCCACACAAUAACCUUCCUAUGAAUAUGCUCACGCCAGCACGAUACACAAACCCAAGCGAUGAUCAAGACUCGAAGGACGCAGCGACAAAGUCUCUGGAGCAGACACGAAAGGAUGCGACCGACGGCCUCACGACGUCGCGAUUUGUUGCUCAUGCUGUAUUCCGAAGCCUUCUCGGUACGUGGAAAUUGGAGCGCGAUCUUGUCAGCAAACUACCUUCACACCCAAGUGGUCACUUCAGUGGUACGGCACAAUUCCUCCUCCGCGAGAAGACGACCGACGGUUUACGAUGCGCUGGCAAUCCUAGCGAAGACUCCACAGAUGGUGACGAGCUAGGGAUGGAGUACCUCUACAUCGAAGAAGGCGAGUUCAAGACAAGUCAAGGCUUCGGCUUCAAAGCUACACGCCGCUAUGUAUGGCGCUACAACGAGCUCAAGGACGUGCUGAGCGUCUGGUUUGCCAAGCCCGAUGAGCUCAAACGUGCAGACUAUCUCUUUCACGAGAUUGAGUUCACUGAACCAACGGAGAAGGGAUGGGCGGCGAAGGCGGGUCAUUUGUGCAUUGAUGACUAUUAUGAUGUCAAGUAUAAUUUUGCGUUUCAGGCUGUGAAUCUGAAGGAAUGGCAGAUUGAGUAUACGGUCAAGGGGCCGAAGAAGGACUAUACGAUUACUGGGACUUAUACUCGGUAG